GGUUUGGUGACCGGGGAGAGGCUGUAACUCCUGCGUGACCAUGGUACCUGUUGAAAACACAGAGGGCCCCAAUCUGCUGAGCCUGAAAGGGAGACAGGCGGAGACCGAUGGCAGCUGCGGAACCCGAGGCGGCCGGCAUCCUGCCUGCGUGGGAGACUGCAGCAUGUUUAUCUUCCUGACAUCUGUCACCGCCGCUGUCAGUGGCCUCCUGAUGGGUUAUGAACUCGGGCUCAUCUCUGGGGCUCUCCUGCAGAUCCGAACUCUACUAGCCCUGACCUGCCAUGAGCAGGAGAGGGUGGUGAGCUCUCUCCUCAUCGGAGCCUUCCUUGCAUCUCUCACAGGAGGCUUCCUCAUAGACAGGUAUGGCCGAAGGCUUGCGAUCAUCCUGUCCUCCUGUCUACUUGGGCUCGGAAGCUUGGUCUUGAUACUCAGUUUGUCCUACACAAUGCUUAUUGUGGGACGCAUUGCCAUAGGGGUCUCCAUUUCCCUCUCUUCCAUCGCCACUUGUGUGUACAUCGCAGAGAUUGCCCCACCACACAGAAGAGGCCUUCUGGUGUCACUCAAUGAGCUGAUGAUUGUCACCGGCAUCCUUUUCGCUUAUAUUUCAAAUUAUGCAUUUGCCAACGUUGCCCAGGGCUGGAAGUACAUGUUUGGCCUCGUUAUUCCCUUGGGAGUUUUGCAAGCGAUCGCCAUGUACUUCCUUCCGCCAAGCCCUCGGUUCCUGGUGAUGAAAGGACAAGAGGAAGCUGCUAGCAAGGUUCUGGGAAAGUUAAGAGGGAUUGCAGAUGCCACCGAGGAGCUCACGAUGAUCAAGUCAUCCUUGAAAGAUGAGUAUCAGUACAGUUUUGGGGAUCUGUUUCGUCCCAAGGACAACAUGAGGACCCGAAUCAUGAUCGGUCUCACCUUAGUAUUUUUUGUACAAGUCACUGGACAGCCAAACAUAUUAUUCUAUGCAUCAACUGUGUUGAAGUCUGUUGGCUUCCAAAGCAAUGAGGCAGCUAGCCUGGCCUCUACUGGGGUUGGGGUGGUCAAGGUGGUAAGCACCAUCCCAGCCACUCUUCUGGUAGACCACAUCGGAAGCAAAACCUUCCUGUGCAUCGGCUCCUCCGUGAUGGCGGCCUCCUUGCUGACCAUGGGCAUCGUGAACCUCAACAUCCAUAUGAAUGUCACCACCAUCUGCAGGAAUCCCAAUCAUGGUAACCAGUCCUUGGAUGAGACUGUGUUUUUUGAAGCUGGAAAUCUGUCAACCAGCAACAGUACUGUCAAAGAGCACUUUAAAGGGACCACUUCUCACAUGGGGAGCUCGCUUGCACCUACAGGAAGUGACAUGGGUAAGAGAGAGGAGAUGACGUCCACGUCUUGGCCAAAUGUUGGUCGAAGCCACACUGAAUACCAGAUGGUCACAGACCCUGCCCCCGUCCCAGCUGUUUUGAAGUGGCUGUCCUUAGCCAGCUUGCUGGUUUACGUGGCUGCUUUCUCAAUUGGUCUAGGACCAAUGCCCUGGCUGGUGCUUAGCGAGAUCUUUCCUGGUGGCAUCAGAGGACGGGCCAUGGCUCUAACUUCCAGCAUGAACUGGGGUAUCAAUCUCCUCAUCUCACUGACCUUUCUGACAGUCACCGAUCUUAUUGGCCUGUCAUGGGUAUGCUUUCUUUAUACAACCAUGAGUCUAGCAUCCCUCGUGUUUGUUAUUUUGUUUAUACCUGAGACAAAAGGGUGCUCUUUGGAACAAAUAUCAAUGGAGCUAGCAAAAGCGAACUAUGUGAAAAACAACAUUUGCUUUAUGAGUCAUCACAAAGAAGAGUUAGUUCCAACACAGCUUCAAAAAAGAAAACCCCAGGAGCAGAUCCCAGAGUGUAAAAAGCUGUGUGGGAGCGAAGAGCCACGGCAGCUUUCUCUAGACCCCUGACAGCCUCAAGACCUUACACAUGCGGACACAGCACAAGAACACUACAAUACUUGUGGAGUGUCUCUGUACCAACACACAUGGGUCACUCCCAUGCCUUUCUUCCAGGAACUGUUUUUAAGAGACACACUGACAUUAUAAACAUACCCAAUAUUUAAUUGCUUUUCCCUGUAAGGAACUACAAGAGAUAGAUGACUGACUUAUAAGGACCUAAGCAAUAUUUAAUUAUGAACAAGGCAUUAGGUUACACACACACACACACACACAAAACCAACAGACUCAACACUUUCUGCUUUUUCACAGAGCAGUCUUUAAAAGACCAGGUCCUAGUGUUGAGAUCUACCUUUUU